UUUUAUUUUGAAACACGCCGUCGGACUUGUCCCUCUAAUGUUGCUGUCUUCACGCUGCUCUUUGUUUUGCUCAGCGGUCCAGUCUCCGCAUGGAUCUGCUUCUGGAUUCAGACUGAUACCGGAUCAGAACCAGGAAUUAUUGCAGGGUUUCUUCUGAAAUUUAUCAUCACCAACAACCAGGAUAUUUAACUGAGAGCAAUGUUAAGCUGCUGGAAGAGGUGAAGCACAAGACAUCCAGAAAACUCUCCAGUGCAUGCAAAUAUUGUUAUCUACAUUUCAAAGACAAAUAAAGGCAAGUCCUACCAUGAAGAAACAUCACCACUCUGUCAAGAGUUUUACUGCAGAGAGUGAUCUCAGAAAACACCAGCGCGUUCACACAGGAAAGAAACCGUAUCGCUGCUCAGACUGUGGGAACAGUUUUACUACACAAAGUAGUGUCCAACGACACAAACGCAUUCACACUGGAGAGAAACCAUAUUACUGCUCAGACUGUGGGACGAGUUUUACUCAACAAAAUACUCUCCAACGACACCAGCACAUUCACACAGGACAGAAACCGUAUCACUGCUCAGACUGUGGGAAGAGAUUUAAUCAACAGACUGAUCUCAAAAAACACCAGCGCAUUCACACAGGAGACAAACCAUAUUACUGCUUAGACUGUGGGAGGAGUUUUACUUCACAGAGUGAUCUCCAACGACACCAGCGCAUUCACACAGGAGAGAAACCAUAUCACUGUUCAGACUGUGGAAAGAGUUUUACUACACAGAGUACUCUCCAACGACACCAGCGCGUUCACACAGGAGAGAAACCGUAUUACUGCUCAGAGUGUGGGAAUAGUUUUACUGCACAGAGUAAUCUAAAAAAACACCAGCGCAUUCACACAGGAGAGAAACCGUAUCACUGCUCAGACUGUGGGAAGAGUUUUCCUUCACAGAGUAAUCUCAAAACACACCAGCGCUUUCACACAGGAGAAAAAACGUAUCACUGCUCAGACUGUGGGAAGAGAUUUACUUUACAGGGUGAUCUCAAAAACCACCAGCGCAUUCACACAGGAGAGAAACCGUAUUACUGCUCAGACUGUGGGAAGAGUUUUACUUUACAAGGUAAUCUAAAAAAACACCAGCGCAUUCACACAGGACAGUAACUGUAUCACUGCUCAGAGUCUGAGAACUUAAACCAACUGAACCAUGUAGUUUAUACCUCUGUAUGAACCGAACCAUGAAUUUUCUGUACCGUUGCACCCCUAACGAAGACUGUUUGCUUUGUUCAUGAAGGACACAGAGCUGAACAGCACCAUGAUAAGAACUUGUUGCUCAGACAGGCUGGAGCUGAUCACGUCAUCAGAGCUAAACAACAGACUGUUAACUGGACACUGCUGACGUAGAUAUAUUGAUAGACUCUAUCCAAUUGCAUUGGAUCCUAUUGAUUUAUGUGUCAUUUGCAUAAAUGUAUAACUGCUUGAAUGAAGUUAAUGUUUGAAUAGAAGAGACGCCCAAGGGUUCUCACCCACUUCGCUUGGCCUUUUCUCACUCUCUCUCUCUCUCUCUCUGGGUUGUGAAUGUGUAGACCUAUCAAGAAUGAAUUAUACUAUUUGUUGACUUUUCUAAUGUAUUGAAUAAUUUAUUUUCCUUUUAUAUAUCUGUAAUGCUGAAAAGUUUUCUCCAGUAAACUUUAAUUGAUUUUAAAUGAAAAA